CACAACCAAUCCCACGACAGUGACAGCUGUCCAGCGAACCCGCGUACGCCUUUGAUCACGAUUCCAGGAAACGAAACACUUGGACUUUGACCAAUAGAAGCGAGAAGUCGACAACCAGCCUCGCAACCGCGACCAUGGCGGGCCUUUUCGGCACGCAGUCGUCGACGACGAGCAACACGCUCGGCGACCUCAAGCAGGACGUCGAGCUCGGGAGCCCGCCCGAGGACAGCAUCACCGACCUCGCUUUCAACCCCAACCCGACCGACCCGAAGGAUUUCUUGGCAGUCUCGAGCUGGGAUAAGAAAGUGCGCGUCUACGAGAUCAUGAGCAAUGGCCAGGGCCAAGGGAAGGCGCAGAUGGAGCACGAUGGCCCCGUCUUUGCGGUCGACUUCUUCAAGGACGGCCAAAAGGUCAUCUCGGCCGGCGCCGACAAGCAGGCCAAGGUGCUGGACCUCGCUACCGGCCAGUCGGUGCAGGUGGCGCAGCACGACCAGCCCGUGCGUUGCGUGCGGUACUUUGAGGCCAACGGCACGCCAAUGGCCGUGACGGGCUCGUGGGACAAGACGAUCAAGUACUGGGACUUCCGGAGCGCGCAGCCCGCCGGGACCGUUACCUGCCAGGAGCGGGUCUACACGAUGGACGUCCGAGACAAUCUCCUGGUAAUCGGGACGGCGGACCGCUAUAUCGACGUGAUCAACCUGAAGGAGCCGGCCAAGUUCUACAAGACGCUCCAGAGCCCGCUCAAGUGGCAGACGCGGGUCGUCAGCUGCUUCACCGACUCGCAGGGCUUCGCCAUCGGGAGCAUCGAGGGCCGGUGCGCCAUCCAGUACGUCGAAGACAAGGACUCCAACCUCAACUUCUCCUUCAAAUGCCACCGCGACCAGCCCCAGGGCAACGUGACCAACGUGUACGCGGUAAACGACAUCUCGUUCCACCCCCAGCACGGCACCUUCAGCACGGCCGGUAGCGACGGCACCUUCCACUUCUGGGACAAGGACGCAAAGCACCGCCUCAAGGGGUACCCGUCGGUCGGCGGCAGCAUCACGGCGACGACGUUUAACAAGACGGGCAACAUCUUUGCCUACGCCAUCAGCUACGACUGGUCCAAAGGAUAUCAGGGCAACACCAGCAACUACCCGACCAAGGUGAUGCUGCACCCCGUGCUGCCGGAUGAGUGCAAGCCCCGGCCGAGCGUCAAGAAGAGGUGAGGUGUGAUGGUGAGCAGCUGACGGGCGCGGCUCAAGGAAGGGAAACGGCGGCGGCGAACAGUCAUGGGCUGGGACGGUCCAAGUGCUCGGACUAGGGAGGUAGGCCGAGCCGUAAACUCGUCGCUCGUGUUGGGGUUCCCAGGAAGAUACCAAAAGAAUGUCCCGAUUGUAGUUCUAGUCUUGUUUGCGAACAGCCAGGUGGUUCCUGGUCCAUUUGGGGGUGACCCGGACAGGCACAUAUAGUCGGUUAUUAUCACAGUGGUUGGUGGGGUGGGAAGGAGAUCCGUCACUUAGUUUUAUUAGGUAGGUAGCCAAAUCAAUCUGCGCUUCAAGCCCAAUCCAAAGUGAGCUUCAUCAGAUAAGCUAAAGAAAACAACAAGCCCGCUCGGUUGAGCAGCGGGCCGUUUUUCUGGAGGGAAGCAAUUACAACCGGAUAUGAUGUUGUGACGUCUUACAGAUCAAACCUCGUCCGAUGGAGGCGCAAUCAUUUUCCACCCAGCCCAACCACUGCCAGCAGUUACACACCUUCAUUAUAUCAUCGGGAACAAAACAAUCCAUCCCCGCCCUGGUUGGUUCCAAGACCACACACCAUAUGAGGCCGAUCAGAGAGCCGGCACGGGGCCGCCGCCCUUCCCCUGACUACUACUGCUGCUACUACUCCCAAAGACGUCCUCCACCAUGCCCUUCCACAGGUCGCGAAUCAUGCCGGCGCCCAUCUCGUAGCUCUCCUUUUCGCUCUCCUCCCUCCCGAGGAGGUGCGCGAAGCCGAGCUCGACGCCGUCCACGCCCAUGCCCUCGACCUCGGUCAGGGCCGAGGGGAGGACCUGCUCCGGGUUGGCGGCCACGACGAGGAUCUCCGGGGGCGGCAGCGGCCCGUCGGCCGCCUCGGGCUGGCGGGGCGGGGGGUUCGUGUUGUCCGGCAGCAGGGGCACGCGGAUGUGGGCGUACGGAUCGUGGGCGGCGUCGGCGGCCUCGUGGAGCGCGAAGAGGUCGGGCAGGACGGCGCGGUCCAUCGUGCCGAACGAGGGCGCCGCCGGCUUCGGGGCCGAGUGGUGGAACGUCUGCAUGAAGGGGAUCGUCCGGGGCGGGUGCUGCGGGAGGAUGGGCCGGUGGGGGGUGGUUGUGGAUGUGGCGGUCGAAUGUCGACGCUCGGACGGCUCGUCAACAGCAGGUUUUGUUUUCCUGCCCGCGCCAGAGGCUACCUUGGGAGCAUUGUUGAGGAGAUGGCUCGGCCUGGCGGCGGCGGGCGUUGUGCUGAAGGAGCGUGUGAGUUUGGAGAUGGGAGUCGUAAGUCGUGAUGACAUGGCGAUAUAUGAACCGGAAGGGAUCAAUCUCCAAUAGGUGAUGGCGGGAUGGAUUUGCUUUGAUGGAUUGCGAUACAGGUCUUCAGGAUACUCGGGUGCACAAGUAGGCACGGGUCGGACGACGAAUGCGAUGGCUUUCUUUCU